AUGGAGCUGGUAGAUUUGUCAUUACAACGGGGAGGUUUUACUUGGUCGGGUGGCCGAGCGAGUUCUGGGCUUGAUAGAUUUUUGGUUUCUGGAGAUUGGGAGGAGCAUUUUUCUCAAUUGCUUCAGUGCAGGAUGCAAUGUCCGACUUUUGAUCAUUGGCCGGUCUUGUUGGACAGCGGAGGAGUUCGGAGUGGUCCUUUGCCUUUUCAGUUUGAGAACAUGUGGUUGCAAGCAGAUGGCUUUGUUGAGAGGAGGGUGGGUGGGUGGUGGAGGAGUUACAAUGUGCCAGGUUCACCUAGCUACAUAGUCCAGAAAUUAAAACUUCUUAAGUCUGAUACGAAGAGAUGGAAUAUUGAGGUUUUUGGCCGUCUGGGGGUUCAGAAGACCAAUAUCUUGUUAGUUUUACAGGGUUUGGAUGACAAGGAAAUAAAGGGGGCCUUUUCGGAGGAGGAUGUGGUAAGUAAGGAUGUGGCUCACAGAGAUUUUGCGAGGAUUGCACGGAUGGAGGAGAUUAGUUUCCAGCAAAAAUCCAGAUGCUUGUUGAAAGAUGGGGAUCGUAAUACAAAGUUCUUUCAUCGAACGGCAAAUGCCCAUCGGCGGGUGAACCAGAUAGGAAAUAUGCGGGUAAAUGGGGUGAUGCUUUCGUCAGAAGAGGAGGUUACGGAUGGUAUACUGUCAUGCUAUCAGUAUCUGUUCCGUGAUGAGGGACUGAUGUGGCAUCCGGGGUUGGAUGGUGUGGUUUUUGAUUCUAUUUCUAAGGAGGAUGAACAAUUAUUAGAAAGGCCUUUUACUGAGGAGGAGGGGGUGGUGAAAGGGGAGGUGUUGGAUGUGUUUACGCAGUUUCAUCAAAUUGGGCAAUUUAAGAGAAGUCUAAAUGCUUUGGGGGUGCUAGAGGGGGUGGUGUCAGAGUCUCAGAACGCUUUUGUGGGUGGGCGUCAGAUUUUGGAUGCUGUUUUGGUAGCUAAUAAGUACGUGGACUCGCAGCUUCGACAAGGGAAAGGGGGGCUUAUAUGUUUUAAGGUGGGAGAGGGGUCCGCAUCUUUGGUGGUUUCUCAUCUUUUCUAUGCUGAUGAUGUGUUGAUUUUUUGUGAUGCGAAGGCUACUAAGAUUGGCAACUUGCGAUGUGUUUUGUUGUGUUUUGAGGCUGAGGUUGUGUUAGGGCUGCAGGUUAAUCUGGCAAAAUCAGAAUUGAUUCCAGUAGGGGAGGUUGAUCGUUUAUCAGUGAUGGCUGUUGUCUUAGGUUGUAAGGUGGCACGGUUGCCAGUUUCUUAUUUGGGUCUUCCCUUGGAGGCUUCUUUUAAGGAGACUCGAGUGUGA